CACGAGCACGAUGGCGGCUGGGGAACCCGGGGACUUAGGCGGCUACUACUUCAGGUUCCUGCCUCAGAAAACCUUCCCAUCUCUGAGCUCCCCAGAUACCACCAGCCGGCUCCGCCAGUGGUCCAUGCUGGGCAGAAUCAAGGCUCAGGCGUUCGGGUUUGACCAGACCUUUCAAGCCUAUCGGAAGGAUGAUUUCGUUAUGGCUUUUUUCAAAGACCCAAAUGUUAUUCCAAAUUUGCAGUUACUUUCAGAUUCUUCUGGACAAUGGAUUACAUUAGGAACUGAAGUGAAAAAAAUUGAAGCUAUAAACGUUCCUUGCACACAGCUUUCAAUGUCAUUUUUUAAUCGAUUAUAUGAUGAAGAUAUUGUACGAGACAGUGGUCAUAUUGUUAAGUGUUUAGAUUCUUUUUGUGAUCCAUUUCUCAUUUCUGAUGAGUUACGAAAAGUUUUGCUAGUGGAAGACUCAGAAAAAUAUGAAAUAUUCAGGCAACCAGAUAGAGAAGAAUUCCUAUUUUGUCUUUUUAAACAUCUUUGCCUUGGUGGAUCCCUUUGUCAGUAUGAAGAUGUACUUAAUCCAUACCUGGAAACAACGAAACUUAUCUAUAAGGAUUUUGUGAGUGUCCGAAAGCAUCCUCAAACCAAGAAAAUACAAAUUACUUCUUCUGUCUUUAAAGUUACAGCCUAUGAUUCUGCUGGUGUGUGUUACCCUUCAACAAAGAAUCAUGAACAGACAUUUUCUUAUUUUAUUGUGGAUCCGAUCAAGCGUCAUGUUAAUGUUUUAUACCAUUGUUAUGGUGUGGGGGAAAUGUCUUAAAUGGUUUUUCAGAUUGUAUGUCUGUUUUUUAAUUUAAUAUUUUUAUAUUUUAAUACUAAUUUAUAGAUAAAUAUUUACUUUGCAGAAUAAUUCAAGUAAAAUGUUGAAUUGCUUAGAAUAGAAGAAAGCACACACCAAGAUGCCUUUCUCUGAAUUUGUCUGGCAUACUCACACAGGAAUCCCUAAUAUAACCUAUGCAAAACAUUUGUGGAACUUUUAUAGAAAGUUAUAAGAAACUAAAUAUCUAGUUCAUAUUUGUUGCAUUAAGAUUCAAGUGAGAAAAUUUUCCAUGUAUUUUAUUUUAGGAACUAAUUCUGGAUUGGAAUUGUAGCAGGACACUAAACAUCUCUACCACCAAUUAUUAAUACAAAGUGUUUACCUUUCUAACUUACAUUUCAUUUAGUUACAUUUUUUCAUUGCAUAAGAGUUUAUAUAUCUAGAAUUAGGAAAAGCAUAGUAAUACUUUUACUUCAUUUGUUCCACUUUAAAAUCCUCAAUUCAAAAAAUAAUGUUCUGGGGCUGGGGAGAUAGCUCAGUUGGUAGAGUACUUGCCUUGCAAGCACAAGGCCCUGGGUUCAAUCCCCAGCACUGCAAAAAAACUAAAUAAAAAAAUAAUAAUAAUAAUAAUCUGAAAAUGAUUGUAAACUCUUUUAUUACACAAUAAAUUAAAAC